GAUAUUCAAAUCACCGCUCGCCUUGAUUUCCGCAUCAUAUGGAUAUAUGGAGAUCCACAUGUGAAGGCAUAUUGCACUGAACGGGCGGGACCGCAGCCUCAUGGGCGACACAUAGCCGUUGUUCAGGAGGCAUUCAUCAGCGUGACGUAUUUACACCUUCGGAUGGCGUUUCCAAAGAUGUCCAGAUCGUUACGGCAGACGCCCAGAGCAAAUGUUGGCUUGCUGGAUGAGUUCCACAGUCGAGGUAUGGGUUGUUGGUCGUGGGAACAGCCAAUAAUUUCAAUUUUAUGUAUGUGUUGACGACACCAGUCUUAGGACAACGCGUCAAUAUUAUCGAACUCGCAGUCAACCCCAAUAAAAGCUUAGGGACGAGAGUUCAAAGUACUUGAGGAAUCGCGGCUUGAACUCUGGCAGACUUGUUCAAGGAUGAUCGGGCUCUUUGGGGAGUUGAGAAGACUCCCUGAUUGGUGGCAGUCCCUAUCAGAGGAGUCCAUUGCAGGUGCCCCCGGGCCCAAAUACGCCGAAACACUUCUGCCGCAUCUUGUCGCUGGGCUAUUCCGCCUGUGGCUCGCAAUUUUUGUAUCCACUUACGGCCGGAAAUCAUGGACAACGCUUGUUAGACUCUUUGUUGCUCCGUUCGCAAUUACCUACUUCUAUAAGUUUGGCUUCUCCUACUUUCGAACCCUUGAGGAUGGUGGAGACUUUGAUCCCCAGUUACACACCGGGAUUGCGACGGUUGCCCUCUAUUGCAUGAUGCGUAUCAUGGAAACCUGUGUCAUCCAACUUUCUGACGGCUCCGAGCUUCCUCGGGUGAUAAACAUUCAAACUGGGACGCCCCUCCCCUUGCCGAGCACAUUUCGGGGUCGGCUUGCCUAUUCCAUUGACCUGGUUUUUGGGAUGCGUGGUUGUAGCUGGCGUUCGGGUAGAUACUGGGACUUUGCUGCUCCAAGAGUUGUUGAAAGCAUCAAGCAGCAAUACACAUGGUCUAGGGGGGAAUUCCUGAGAAAGUCUGUAGCGUGGUUUGUUAUUUGUUACUUCACAGUCGAUGCAGUCGACACAUUCGUCAAGUCGAUGGAUUUCAACGUCCUAUCGCCGUAUCCCGUUUCUGCGACUCUGCCGCUUUGGUUACAGAUCCUGUGUGCUAUAGCCCUUUGCACAUGGAUAUACCUUGGUAUCGCAGUGUAUUACUGCAUAAUCUCAAUAUUCUUUACAUUCAUUGGGAUCACCAGCCCAGAGGCAUGGCCGCCCAUGUUCAAUAUGCCAUUUUUCGCAGACUCCAUCGCGGACUUCUGGGGAAACAGGUGGCAUUACCUGCUCCGUCAAACAUUUGGGUCAUUGCUCUCCGUCUUUUCAUCCGCGUCUGAUGGCCGCGCCAUGAACCCUAGACGACUAGCUUUCCACCGUGGCAAGAAUGUUGUUAUUGUGUUCAUUUUCUCCACUCUCCUUCAUCUCAUCAUCAUGGACCGUGUACCAAUCGACGCACGUCGUCCGCAUACGAAAUUCUGGGAUGUAUCUAUCAUAUCAUUCUAUCUCGCUCAACCCAUCGGCAUUAUCCUGGAAAGUCUCCUCGUUCUUAGCCUUGCUCCGAAUGAUCAAUCAAAUUCAAACGGCUCUCCCAAAAAAGAUACUGAUGCUUAUGGGACUACCGGGGACGCCCAAGUUUCCGGGGCGGGACUUACGAAGAAGCCUCUUCCUCCAAAACUCCGAGUUGCUCGGCGAAUCUUUGCGUGGAUUUGGCUGGUUUGGUCAGCGAGGUGGUGGGCCGAUGCAUGGGUGAACAGAGGAUUGUGGGAACCCGAUAUCCGAGUUGUUUAUUGGAGUCCCAUUAGAGGGUUAUUGAUUGGUGAUUGGACCGGUAUCGGGAAACUUUCAAAAUAGAUCGAUUAAGGGGCGCUGGGAGAGUAUCUUCAUAUUUGGCCUCUCUAUUUCACUCAGGCAUGCUUUAGAUUCUGCUGUGGGGUAUCCUUUAGUUCUAACAGUGACCGUCCAUUCGCCUGAGUGGCAUUUGACAUCUAUGUUGAAUGUUAGUCAACCUGUGCAAAGACCAAGAGGGUCCGAGGUUGGUCCGAAGUUGGUCCGAAGUCGCCUCGACCGUCGGAACAUAUGUGUACCAAGUCCGUUCACUAAUCAGUCAUAUAUGGCAUCUGGAGCAGAAGUAGGAGGACGACAAACCGGAUCACCAACUGAGUUUCUGUCUUCAAAUUCAAACCCUAUAUGCAUACAAUUUCAACGAUCUGUUGUCACUGCCUCAGCCGUUCAUGUAUUCCGACUCAAGAAUUGGUCUCUCAACGAUACUAGUACCGGGGGGUUCCCAGGUUCUCUUGGUGUGUCCUGGCCAUUUCAUAAUGGUUUUAUUGAGUGUGUUGGAC